GGUUCUUGACUGCAGCAUUCGACAUUAAACAGACCAUGACGAAAGGAAGAGGUCAGUGUUUACCGUGUAGUUCUGUGCAGGAGCAAUUCAGUGCCAUUCUCUAGUGACCAGCUCCACGUCCACUACUUUCACGUACUUAUAUUACUUCGGAUUAAUAUUUUCUCGUCAUUUCUCAACAUACAUUUACAUUUCUCUGUAGUAUAGGUAGAUGCAUAACCAGCACAAGAAAAAUGGGUGCCGUUGUGAGCGUCUUUGGGUCCGUGGCAGCUGUGCUGGCUGGCUGCCUGGGCUCUUGCUUGGGCUCAUGCCUUGGCAGAAUCAUCGCUGCUGGUGUUAUGGCCUGGUUUUUGUGAGUGUUGGAUCUGUAUCUCAUUUUUUCCCUCAAUACAAGCAUCUUGUUUGAUCUUUUGUAAGGUCGAUAGAAGAGUAAAGAGCAAAUAGAUGAAUAAAUAAGAGCAUCAUUCUUCUUGAAUGGAAAAGACGCCACCACGACUUUAUUUUCCAACCUCUUCUAGUGCCAGCUCUUCUAAUUUGAAAAUCGGUGAUGGUAUGUGGCGACGGGCAUUCGGAGUUCUUCAGGCUUGGAAUGUCAUGUGGAUAUUCAUUUGGCGUUAUAGCGCAAGUGGAAUCUUUCCACGCAAUGGCUUUCUGUCUAUGUGGGAUUAUGGUCUUAGUUCGUGCAACCGAGAAGCUGGGACUGACGAAAUUUUGCGGCUGGCCUGCUUCGAACAAGGGGCGACAGACUGCGUUUUCUUCGCGUGCUUUUUGCUGUUUAAGGCGGGUUAUAUGUUGUGCAAGUCAGUACUAGCUCUUCGGAAAUCUUAGGCAGAUUGCCGAAUAGAUUCGCGUCAUCGUAUGCGCAAGUCAGUACUUCGUCAGUCUCCGCCAACUUUCCACCUUCUCCAAAUAUUCAAUAACCGCUUCAAACGACGAAAAAGUGUACGAGCGAAACAAGUAGAAGUGGCGAUGCCUUUUUUACUGGAAUUGAUAGGUGCUUCUGGAGCAAGAACAAAUACAACAACUAAUAAAGAUCACAUUGAUGUUGAAAAUGUCGGAGCUGAAACUCACUUCAUCGUACUUGCUUAAUACGCUACUUACUUCUACUCUAGUUCUACCUUGUCUAACUCUCUCUCAUUCCUUCUGCUUCUAGCAGCAGUGGGAGGCACGAAAAUGGCUUUGCGCCAGUUCUGGGUAGCGAAGUUUCUCUUUCCUGCUGUCAUCCCGUUCCUCCUCUUCUUCCUGUGUCCGAGAAUGCUUUACUUAAGAUAACUCGACCUACUUUCCUACUGUAGAACAAUCCUCGCCAAUUUCUUGAGUAUGAGUGCACUUUUUCGCUCCGUCGGAACAAGUAAAUGAGUCUUUAGAGCAACAUAUAAAAAUCUGUGUCCUCAUGCUCAACACAGUACGACUAAAUAAGUAUGCAUGCUAAAUUGCUACUUCUAGUUCUAACUUACGACGGUUGGAUGUAUUACCUCUGCGUCUGCGUCAGCUGUAUCUAUGCCACUCUCCAGAUGAUGCUUCUUUUUGAUCUAGGAUACGUAUGGAACGAAGCAUGGGUUGAAAAGGGAUUCGACGAUCAGCGCAAUGGGAUUCGGACUGGAGAUUAUUCUUCUUCAUCUUCGGGCCGCAAGUGGUUUUUCGGUAUUUUGGCUGCUGCGGGACUGUUCUGCAUCAUUGCCCUAGUCGCUGCCAUUGCCUUGCCGCAUGUGAUGUACCCUGGUCAAGUAGCGAAUAGAACAAUCGUGUGGACCAGUUUCGCUUUAACGUUGAUACUCGUUUGCAUCUCCGUCACCAACUGGUGCAAAGAUUAAGGCUGAAUACUGUAAAUGUAUAAGUUGUGCAAAGAUGCUGAAUACUAUAAAUGAAUGGUUCCGGUAUUUGGUAACCUUAAUUUGAUCAUAAGGGAAAACAAGAAGAGAACCCUUAGGAUCAAACUCAGGUUACCAAAUACCAGAGCCAUACAAUAAAUGUAUAAGUCACGUUCGUUGAGCAGACCACGCAUCCAUGAUCGAGAUCAUCGAUCUUUAUUGGCACCUUUUAUUUGGUAUAUUAAGGGACUCUUUGUUCUUUUACAACAGUAAAGGAAAUAAACGUGUCAAUUAUGUCAAAGAAGAUGAAAUUCAAGAUGUGCAACUAUAAUUCGGUUACGAGUUGAUAACUAGUAGUUCUAAGAAGAGGGGGCCUUUCUUCCUAGCGCAAUCGUUUUUGCCUAUUUUGGUUGGUUGCAGUGGCUGACGAUCCUGCAAAGACCUGGAGUACAGCUACCCGAUCGGACGGUCACAAGUCACCACCAACAAGGGCCCGGCUCAGGCGGAUUCCUCGGAGGCAUCGGCUUCAUAAGCGGUAGCAUUAGCUUUUUAUGCUCCUGAAGAGAGUUUCAGUGUUUUGAGGAUCGAAUUAAGAGUAGCAGGAACUAAGUCAGGAGUCUGAAGGAACAAACACCCCUGCGAGUCCCUCAGGCGGUUGAAUCUCGAUGCUGGGAAUCUAGUACUAUUUAGUUUAGAGUUGUUUGAUGCUGUCUUUAGUACAAGAGAUCUUCAAGAGCUAUAGAUCCGGGAUCUUCAACUUUCACAUCUGAUCUGAUCUCCAAGAGCUAUAGUUUGGGAACCGAUAGAUUUCUAUUGUGGGAUCAAUUGUUGACUUCGAUUCUGGGAUCUGUAGCAGGAACUAAGUCAGGAGCUACCACCCACGAGCAGUGUCAGACCUCUGCUCAUGCUUUAAUAUGGACAGUCAGAGGUGGUAUUGACUACGACGAUCGGGGCAAUCUUGCGAUGACCGGCGACCGAUACGCAGCGUGGGUAGUGGGAAGCGCGAUCAUGUUGGUGGCUUUGGCGAUCUUCGUUCGAAAUCCGAGUCUGCUCACAAUUACGCAAGACGCGAGCAUGCGAGAGAAAGAGGAAGCAGCAAGUAGCUCGGAUGAAGAAAAUCAGAGGCAUAACUCUUUUACGAAAACUAACCAACAACAAAAUUUAUUUACUUAUAAAUAUUGAGUUGUAGAUAAACGAGCACAAGCCACAAUGAUAUGAUGUUGAAAUCGUGCCCGUCUUGCUUUUGUUCUUCUGCUCGUCUUGCUAUUCUUGUUCUCCAAAAUCUGAAUCAUUGUUUUAACUACAAGCCAUGAACCAACUAGGUGUGCGUAUGGGGAUACAUAUCUACAUGUCUUAGUUUGUCUUUGUCUGGAGACCCAUUUUUUAAGUCUGCAUUCCUAGCGUUCUAAAGCAUCCAACGAAGAUGAAGAAGAUGCAGACGGCACGCCUCGCAGGACAAAGUUAGUGGAAAAACCACCUAGAGGGGAAGCUAUUGGAUUCCUAAUCGUUCACAUGGCCUCAGCUUUCUAUUUCCGGACUUUACUUAAGAAAGGACUUUUUGGUCUUUGGUAUGGAAGAUGAUGAUGAUGAUGAUGUUGGACAUGAUGAAGAAUCUUGUGAGUAAAAGUAUGUGAUAAAAAGCAGUUCCAGUUCCGCUGCUGGCAUAGAAAAGUUGAACAGGGGACGGCAUUUGGUGCGGGAGGGCAAACGCACAGCAAGAACCAGUACUCUAGAGGUACAACUCUUGGCUAACAGGGUUGUAAACGACCAUUUGAUUUCAUCUUAACCACGACCCCUUCUCGUGGGCUGCUAAAUUCUGUGCUUCAUACUCACCUAGUAUAGCACAACCUCUAAUCCUUUUUACCAACGACAAAAUCUUGCGGGAUACGUUUUAUUCGCCAUCACCCUCUACGUAAACAUCGCACUCUACGGAUACGCCAUUCUACGGCCACAGUUCGACUGAGGAGCAGAUGGAUUGUUGAACAUUGGAGCGGAGACAGAAGUACAGCUGCAUGGACAAAUAGCAACGUCUUGCUUUAACGUGUUGUUGUAAACUCUCUCUGCUACAACGAUGAACAUUGAGAUAUCACCACGUAGAACAUACAUACUAAAUUUUUUUGCCUCCACGUAGGACACGCACACGACCCAUAAUUAUACGCAACAUAAGCAAAGGUACUAGACGAAUUGACACGCCAUUUAGAGAUUCAAGACGAUGCACUCGCGGUCGCACAGAAGUGAAGAAUACUUAGGAAGCAUUGGCGUUUGGUCGUCAAUCCUUCUAGUACUAAGUGAAACGCAACAACAAACAUCAACAUGUCGAUAUUUGGUUUUCUUCGAUGAACAAGCGAGCUGCAGUUGCCUCUAAGAU